AUGUUCAAACCUUCAAAGAAGAAACUUAUUAUGGGAGCCGUUCCAACUUUAUUCGAUAUACCGAAUCCACCACCAAGAAUUGGCACGAAGAGGAGACUGUUAGUCCGAAAAGAACCGCUUGAAAACAAAACAUGUAAGCCAAACAGAAAGAAUAUUAAGUUUAACAACAAAUCUUUACUGCAGUCAGUUACCAUUUCAUACAGCUUACAACUAUAAUAAGCUUUUAUUCUGCAAACAAAAUUUCAAAAGUUUCUGUUCCCUAUCUCUGCAGCCAAGAAAAAAAGACGAGUAAACCAACAAGAACUAUCAAAUCAACGCAAUGCUCAAGGUGAAGUUUACAUUAAUUAAAUAUGCAGACGUCUGCUUUGCAACAAGUUUAUGUUGUAAUAUUUUUUAGAACUUUAACAUAAAGUAACAAUUUUCUUGCGUCUAAUUUUAAAGUUGCUUGUGAUGAUAAUAUUAAUCAGACACCAUUGUAUGCGGAGAAUGAGAUGAUAGACAGCAUGGACUUAGAACCUGAUCAUGAAAAGGGUACGAAACAUUUCGAUAUAUUUACAUGCAUUCUGCAUUUGCAUCACAUGUAAUCGUGUAUACCGAUGAUACUUAUAUUUAAAAAAAAAAAUUCUGUUAAAACUACUUUUUCUACUUUUCAUUAGAACCCAUUUCCUCAAACCACGUUAACACCAAAAGACAAGAGAAAUCACAUGCAAGUCAGGGUAUGUUUCUACAACUUUAGUUUUCAGGUGUUUAAAAAAACUGCAAUCCUGGAAUGCAAGUGUAUAACAGCCACUACUAAAUUAGCGUCCAAUUGCCAUUAUGUACAGUAUACGCUCUAAUUGUCCAAGUUAAUUGUACAGGGUAUCCCAAAAGAAAGUGACACAAUAGGAAUUAUCAAUUGACCAUUUGCGUAAUAGACUAAAUUUUGAACUAAACAAGUCUAGACAAAAAUUUCAUCACAGCUUGAAGGAGCAUCACAAAAUUAGUAAUAUUCCAAAGUUUCGUUGCAAAAUGUUGUAAAAUGCGGAAAAUAUAGCCUUGCGAAAUUUGCAAUUUUCAGUCAUUUUAGAUUACAAACGGGAAAUUGACAGCCCCAAACCCUUCGAGGCUGUCAAUUUCCGGUUUGUAAUCUAAAAUGACUAAAAAUUGCAAAUUUCGCAAGGCUAUAUUUUCCGUAUUUUACAACAUUUGGAAUAUUACUAAUUUUGUGAUGCUCUUUCAAGCUAUAAUGAAAUUUUUGUUGAGAUCAAAAUUUAGUCUAUUACGCAAAUGGUCAAUUAGUGCUGAUUCAUACAAAUUCUAAAAACAUCUUAUUCCAAGGGUUGCAGAUUUUUUAACAGGGGUGGAUUUAUAGGGAGGUGCACAGCAGCACAGGGGUGCACACCCCUGUAGGCCUUGUCAACAGGGGUGCAAGAAAAUCAAAUUCAGAAAUAUGGGAUAAUUUCCAAGGUUUUUCGUUUUUUGAAGUCAAACUGAAGCUUUUAAUUCAAUGUCCAUAUUGCAGGAAAUGGCAUUUCUAGGGUUCUAAUUUUCAAAAUUUUCACUCCCCAAGAAGCUUGUGCCUUCGGCGCUUGAAUCGUUAGGAAGCAAAUUCAUUUGAAUGCUCUCUCACCACCACCUAAAGAAUUAUAAAAAAACACUUGGCUGCUCACCCAGCACCCCCCUAGAAACACCUUUCUGGAUUCACCCCUGUUUUUUAAAACACCCUUAUUAUAUCAAUUUGGUUAUAUAUGUAUUUUCUACAGAUAGAAACAGACCAUGUACUGAAACAAACAAAUCAGACGAUGCAAGCUUCAACAAAGGUGAAAAAUGCCAGUAUGCUUGGGUUUCAUAA